CUCCGGAACUAUUAUCUUAUUAACGGAGCAGCUAAAGAAAUCUAUUUUAUUCUCAAAAAAGAAAUAUUGAGACCAACCUACAUUAGCGAUGGAGACCUUAAUAGAGCAACGUUUUACAAGCCGAAAAAAACUUUUUGUGAAAUUUUGUGUGGAAGGAUGGAAUCAAAAAUUCCUUUCGAUAAAGGAGCUAAUGAAUAUAUUAAAUUGUAUUGGCUAACUGAAUAUUUGGUGAAAAAUAAGCUGAGGGAGGUGGAUGAGAAUAUGGGGGAGAGAAUUGCUUUUAUUGAGAAAAAUCAAGCUCUACCUUAUCAAUGGGUAAAUAGUGUUGUAUAUGAAGCCAAAUACGCCUAUUAUCAACUUCCAAAAAUUGACCAGUGGAUAAGAAAUGUCAAUUUAACAAUAGCAAAAUUGUUAGUUGGAUAUAGUCGCUUUGCUAAAUUUUAUAAACUAGAGGCGGUUGUUAAUGAAUUAAUUAAUAAAGGAAAAUUAAAUUGUGAGGAGAAGGUAGUGGAAGAGUUAAAUGAGUGGAACUUGCCUGAAACAUUAGAGGAUUUAAUUUCUAAAUAUUUUUAUAGAAGAAAUGAAGAGAGGGACGAAAAUGAAGACGAAUAA